GGAUUCCUUGCUUGAGCUGAGAAGUAGAGUCAAAGGAAGAGUUUUUAAGUAGGAAUAUACAAAUUUCAAUCUUCCAUACCUUUAAUCUCACUCCAACUAUGACGCUCGAGCUACCCGAACAACAAGAACAACAACAAGAACAAGAACAAAUUCAAACUUGACGUCCAAGCAAGCUUUUUUAUGUGAUCUUUUCUCCAAUCAUAACCUCCUUUUUGUUCUUAUGUCCGAGUGUUCCCAAGCUGGUCCCAAUAAUGACUUGGUGCAGUGGCUCCGAUGAUGAUGAGUCCUCUACUGCCCCAGCCCUGCGCUGCCCCUCGUGUGGCCUUCAUAUUGAGUUACAAGACCAGGCUGGGAUUCAUGAUCUGCCUGGACUACCAGCUGGGGUGAAGUUUGACCCCACGGAUCAGGAAAUUCUUGACCAUUUGCAGGCUAAGGCGGCUCUGUCUGAUGUUCAUAAGCUUCAUCCUCUUAUCGAUGAGUUCAUUCCUACUCUUGAAGGCGAGAAUGGGAUUUGUUAUACUCACCCUCAAAAGCUUCCCGGAGUGAGCCAAGACGGGCAAAUCCGGCACUUCUUCCACCGACCGUCGAAGGCCUACACGACCGGAACAAGAAAGCGCCGCAAAGUCCACACCAACGAGGAAGGCAAUGAAACCCGUUGGCACAAAACCGGCAAAACCCGACCCGUAUUGGUCGGCGGCGUAGUAAAAGGCUUCAAGAAAAUCCUCGUCCUCUACACAAACUACGGCCGCCAAAGAAAGCCAGAAAAAACCAACUGGGUCAUGCACCAGUACCACCUCGGCACCAACGAGGAAGAGAAAGACGGCGAACUAGUCGUCUCUAAAGUUUUUUACCAAACUCAGCCCCGACAGUGCAACUCCACCGCCACCGCCGCCGCCGCCGCCGCCGCCGACGCCAACCACCACUCCGAUUCCACUGCCCAUGUGGAUUAUUACAACGCUUCCAAUUUCAUUAGCUUCGACCACAACUCCGACAACCCACCUCAGUUAUUGCCCAAUUUAGUGCUUUCCGGCGACGCGUCGUCCUUCCUCCGGUUCCCGCCGGCCGACACUACCAAAAGAAAGCUCAACAUGAAACUCUGACAUGUCCGUAUAACAACUUUCACACAAAACAGAUAUUUUCUGAGCUCCAAGAUUUGGUGGUUUGUUCUUUUCUUUCCCCCCCUUUUUUUUUUUUGGUAAUAAUUAUAAUUAUUAUUAUUAUUAUAUAACAAUGGAAUAAGUUAUUAGAUACAUGUAGAUUUGAUGAA